UUUAGGAACUAACACUGUUAUUUGAAGACUAAAUAUGACGGGAUGUAGGAAUGGUUUAAAAGAACCUUUUUCUUGAACAACUUUAGUGAUUCGCCGAAGGAAUUCAUUAAUACACAAGUAAACUUGUCGUCGCGACCCGACACGAUUGUACAUAGGUUGCUCUAUAAGACAGAAUACCAUGAAAAACUCAGCUUGGUGUGUCGUGCUCCAACUGCUGGCUUUUGUAGGAUUUGAAAAAGUUUUAAGAGUGUCAGGCGGAUGGCAGCAUUUGGAAAGUUAUUACCUGGAAACAUCACUACCAUACGAUUUGAUGAACCAGGUGUCGCUGGAUGAGUGCCAAGCGCAGUGUAUUUCAUUAGGCACUGAUUGUCCGGCUAUCAACUACAAACCAAAUGGUCAAAAGUGCCAGAUACUACAACAGAAAGACGGAGAUAACGGGUGUAUAUUGGUAUAUGCACAUAACAGUUUCAGCUAUUACGAGAAAACCAACAGCGAAAACGAUACAGUCGUGACAAGUAAAAAACCUGGCCGUUUUUUCAGAAGAUACGUCGGAUACAAAAUGCCUGCUCACUUGGUGAUCGUCAACGAGACAGUGCUACAACGUACGAUUUGUGCGUUCAACUGCAUGGUGACCCCCCUCUGUAUGUCGUUCAGCAUACAGCCAGAAACGUACGGCUUGUCAUAUUUCUGCGAACUGAACAGUGCACGGAGGAACAACAACGGAUCCAAUCUACUUUCUGAUUCAAGUUUCUACUAUUUUGAGUGAUAUGUAAAAUAUAACAUAUCCUCCACAUGUUCAGAAGGCCGACAAAGCACUACAUAAGUUUGGUGAAGUUUACAGAAAAGGUCGAAAUCCAUUGGAAUUAUCCGACGUCUACCUAACAAUCGAACUGGUGACCGAUUCAAAUAUAAUUAUGAUGUAGCCCCUAUACCACAUAGAAUACCACACCAAAUUGGAAGGGAACAAUGUAUAUACAAUACGAUUUUAUUGGUAGUUUUCAAUUGGAAAAAUACCUCAGUGCCUUGAAUAGCUGAGCGUGAUAAUAAUAAAAUUAGCAUUUAAAGCUGGUAAAAAUGCAAUUUUUCAUGUCAAGGCCUACAUAUAUAAAAUGUCUUACAGAUACAUUAUUACAAGGUUUAAUAUAAACAGUCCAUGACAUUUUGACACUCAGUACCGAAUAUAAAAAUAUGUGUACAAUUCAUUCAAAUUGCGACAGAAUGGCUCAAUUUUUAGUAUCUCUUUAAUAAAACAUAUGCGAAAAAAUUUGUAUCGAUUAUACCGACACAACCAUGUAACAGUUUAAUGCAACAAACCUCGUUUGCAUAUUUUCUUGAAAUCGAGCGACAAUUUAGCUCAGAUAAUUUGGAAAGCAUGAAUUGCUCCCUUUUCACUAUUGUCAUAUUUUGGCAUAUUUCUAUUGAUAUUUAAAAACCCUUUAAUUUGCCAGUUCUUUUGUUUGAGAGAGCAAAGAUUGUGCAAAUACAUAGCGUUUUAAGUGCUUAAAUAUUGCUUUUAAAACGCUACUUCCUGGAGACGAUGAACUCGACAAAAUUCUCUAAAAGAAAGUAAAUAACGGAUUUGUGUUUCAUCGACUUAGCGACUUUCCUUCUAGUAUUAAGCAAAAGACAAUGUAAAAUCCAUUUUCACGAGGAACGCUAUUUAGACGCUGAUUAUCAACAGCCUCUUGAUUUUUUAUUAGACGGGAUAAAAAGAAGUAAAGAUAUAUCCAAAAAGCAUUUUACGCUUCAACAUGAAGACGACGUGCCUGUUUGUUGUUCUUUUGUAUACAGUGAUAGCAUCGAUAUUCAUGCAAAUGACCGUAGGUGAGUGUAGUACAUAUCAUCAGUAUUAUGUCUGAAAUUUUACAUCAUUAUUUCUGAUAGAUAUACAAGUUAAUGCUCAUAGAUACUUUCAAGAUUUCACUGUAGUUUUCUUCCAUAGAAUCAUCAAAUAGAAGAGGAACAGAGAAGCAAGUCUCAGGCGGAUUAAAAAAAAUAUUAUCAGUAUUGGGACGUUGAUUCCGUCCACGUGGAUGGCAUUUCGACAACGUUUCCAAUAAAAAUAUACUUUUGAAUCGUAUCGUAUCUUUGAAUCAUGCAUUGAAAUAGUCUUUUAAAUGAAUUAAGAAACUUGCUUUGAAACGAAAAGCGCCAGUUUUGCGUAGUGAGUUGUGUGCUUUUUUCAUCAGUAGAACCUAUGCCGUGUUCAUGCUGCAUAUUUUAACUCUAAUAAGCUAUCGUCAAAUAUGUUACAUUAAAUGCAGCAAUUCAAGCAUUUGGCACAUUUCAGUUAUUAUUCCUGUGAGUUAGGAUGUUGGUAACGAAUUGAUUCACUUUCUGCAGUUUCCAUUCCAAAAUGCACAGUCGAUAUCCCGUUUGGGUAUUCUAGCGUUGUAAAGGGCAGAUAAUGUUAAUUAU